AUGCUUCUGAACAAUCAGCACCUGGGUAUGGUUCUUCAGUGGGAAGAUCGUUUCUAUAAGGCUAACAGAGCUCAUACAUUUCUUGGUGACCCAUCGAGGGAAGCCGAGAUAUUCCCCAACAUGUUGAAGUUUGCUGAAGCCUGUGGAGUUCCUACAGCUCGGGUAACAAGAAUUGCAGAUCUUAGAGUUGCAAUUCAGAAAAUGUUGGACCCACCUGGACCUUACUUGUUGGAUGUGUUGUGCCUUAUCAAGAGCAUGUUCUGCCCAUGA